GGUCGCGCGCCGUUCCUCCAUGCACACUCCAUUCUCCACCUCCUCCACAACAUGACGACGGAGGAUAAAUUUCAGGCCGCUGUCAACAUUAUUCGGAGUCUGCCUAAGGAUGGACCCUAUCAGCCAUCUCACGAUAUGAUGCUGAAGUUCUACGCCCUGUACAAACAGGCAGUGGAAGGCCCUUGCAACGAACCAAAACCUGCUUUCUAUGAAGUUGUUCGAGGCUAUAAGUGGAGAGCUUGGAGCAGCCUGGGCAACAUGUCGAAGGCAGAAGCUAUGAAUACUUAUGUGGAGGAACUGAAGAAGGCUAUAGACCUGAUGUGGCCGAAUAAGGCUAGCUCGUGGCCAUCCAGACAGGCACUUAGCCACACCAGCCUCUGCCUGUUCAGUAAAGUGCCAUACAGCCAUGCGCCUCUGACCCAGAUUAUCGAGACCAUGGCAUACACAGAAGACGUGGCAAACUUCAUCGACGCUCUCGGUCCAUUCUACGAGUUUAUCGACAUUCCGGGAACGAAAAACAAGAACAACAACAACAACAAGGGAAACGACAAGCCCGAUAAUGACAAGAAGGACGAUUCUGCGGGGGAUGCCAAUGACAAGCCCCUCACCAACGGCCUUAAUAUGCCGGGGAAGAUGAAUGGCAUCCAUAACCUUGACAGCGACUCGGGCACGGGGUCAGAAGCCGCGCCGUCCUCAAGCCAGGACAGCUCCCCCCAGCGCAGUAUAGAAGAAACUAUUACGCGGGAAGUCAGGGAGGAGGGCGAAAUACUCGAGGACGAGGAGGAACUCGUGGUGGUCGAGGUCAGGACGGAGAGGGAAGACAAGACCACACACACGCUGUCGCUCUCGCCCAGGGUGCUCAGCGACACAGACUCGGACGAAGAGUAUUCAGAACCUGCCGAGACCCCCGACCAUCUCGCAAAGGUGCAGUCUCUCUUGCUAGCGGACCAAGAGCUUACUCCACCGCGCCGCCUCCACCAGUCGGAGAACCAGGAAAGCACAAGUUACCCUGCCCCAGCCCCAGCUCUGUUGUCCCAGCAUGUCCCAGCCAGCAGCAGCUCGUCGGAUGAUGCCGUGACCUGCGGCGGAGGAGACCAGAGCCAUCCGGGGGGACUGCAGAUGACGCCCAGGCAGUCCCAGCAACGAUUUAGUGGCACCCCCCUUUACACAUCCCAAGUGUCCUCGGGCAGCCUUGCGACGCCCAUCCACUCAGGAGGCUUCAUCAGAGGCAGUGGAGGAGGUGGGUCGGGGGGGGACGGGGGCAGAGGCGGCAGCACGGACAUCGUGGAGGACGUGAACGCGCAGCUGGUGGUGGUGCUGAGGCGCUUGCAGGCGGACAUGGAGAGCGUGCUGCACAGGCUGAACACGCUGGAGACAAUCACCCUGAGUCAGCACCACACUGUCUGUCACCACUGCCAGACGGGGAGCUCCAACACCCCAACAGCACGCAUGGAGCCCUCGUGGUGGCCGUUCCCAGAGCUCUCUCCUCGCUCCACCUUUUUCCUCCUGGUGUGGCCCCUCAUCCUCCACGGCGGAAUUAAGCUUCUCCUUCUUUUACGAUCACGACGGCGACAACGAUAAGGGCUGUUUUUCCCCCUUCGGAAUUCUCUGUUCUUUUUACUAACGAUGUGAUAUGAUGUUAAAACAUUACAGCUACUUAUGGUACAGUGAAACAGUUGUACUCUUUCCGUAUGAUUGUGAGUGUACGUGAAGUAUUUUUCAUGGGUAAGAUUUUGGAAUCCAAACGUAAACUCUUUAUGAAAUAUACAAGUAUUUUAUAAUGUUUUGUAGUGGAGGUAUAUGUAGAUAUAGGCAUAUGAUAGAGGGUAUAGAGAGAAUAAAUAAGGUAGAGCUAUUCAAAGAACCAAAAAUGUUUAAGCGUACCUUUUGCUCUCGUAUAUAGUUGCAUUUUGUUGUACUAAAGUUAUUAUUAUUAUUAUUUUUUUAAAUCAUUAUUAAACAUCUUUGUUUAGUGAACUUGUAAGAAGAUAAGUUGAUGUGCAUGCGAGAUUUACCUUUUUAUGCACAAUAAAAAAAAGAAGAAAAACAAAAAAACAAAACAUUAAUCUUGUUUCUUCCUUGUUAGUAAAACGUAAGAUGUUGAUAAUUUAAUUUACCUUUUUUUGCACAAUUUUAGAAAAAAAUAAUUUUGAAUUCCCUUUGAAUGACAUUAAACCUCAGAAAAUUAUAUUGAUCGAAUAUUCUUAACAGCAUCUGGUAAGAGUUGCUUCUAUCAAAUGUUUAUUAUUUAUUUAAUUAUUUAAUUAUUAUUUUUUUUAUGUGUAUAAUGAGAUUAGUUUAAAAGUAGUGAAUUUUCAUUUAGGUUCUGAAAGUAGUAAAAUCUUGCUAGUCUCACAUGGACCUAUAUUCAAUUUUUUUUUUAUUUAUUAAGUUCCAGAAUAUUAAGGAAACUAUGCUUCGUCAGAAACUAGUAUGAUAUUGUUAAAUCUCGGAAGGACCUAAAUCAAUUUUUUUUUUUUUUUUUUUUUUUUUUUUUUUUUUUUUUUUUUUUUUUUUUUUUUCAGAAAAUUAAGGAAUUCAUAUUUCCGUAGGUAAUUGGAGAGAAUUUCCCAUGUGUGCAUCAUAUAAUUAUCGAGUAUGGCAUUAUUACACCAUAGGAAUAGCAAAACUAUUAUAUGUAAUAUUUCAAAAAUAUUAGCCGUCUUUUUCUUUGUAUUAUAUAAACUUGGAGUCAAGUUCUGGGAUCAUUACAGUUACCACUUGUAAUAAAUAUACGUAUGCUCUAUAUGUUUACCUCAUGUAGCAAUCCUUCUUGCUUUGAAGAGACUACUAUUUUACGUUAAUUCCUUUAUAUUUGUGCUGUUUAUUUUCACUGUUUUUGCAGUGAGUAUUUCUUGUGUGUAGAUCUUGCAAGCAAUAUAUCGCUGUCGUUAAGUAAUUUUCAUUUUGUAGUGAUGUAUAUUGGUUUUGUGGGUAAUUGUGUGAGUGUUGCACCAUUUUUUAUUGAGCUUUUUGCAAAUGAUUCUUUUUCUCUCUCUCUUUUUUUUUUUUUCUUUUUUCUUUUUUU